AUGCCUUUCGUCACAACAAAAGACAAGACUGAGAUUUUCUACAAGGACGUGGGCAACCCAUCCGGAAAACCAGUCGUAUUCUCUCAUGGCUGGCCCUUGAAUAGUGACAACUGGGAAAACCAAAUGUUCUUCCUAGGGCAACACGGCUACCGCGUCAUCGCCCAUGACCGUCGCGGCCACGGACGCUCCAGCCAGCCCUGGGGCGGAAACGACAUGGACACUUACUCGGAUGACCUGCUCGCCGUCUUCGAGCACCUGGACAUCAAAGACGCCAUGCUCGUCGGGCACUCCACCGGCGGCGGCGAAGUAAUCCGCUUCCUCGGCCGCCACGGCACCAGCCGCGUCUCCAAAGCCGUCAUCGUCGGCGCCAUUCCACCUGUCAUGGUCUUAAAAGACAGCAACCCCCUCGGCCUCCCCAAGUCUGUCUUCGACGGUUUCCGCUCCGCUAUGAUCGCCGACCGCGCCCAAUUCUUCCUCGACGUCCCAACGGGCCCGUUCUUCGGCUAUAACCUCCCUGGCGCCAAGAGCUCACAGGGACUCAUCCAGAGCUGGUGGCAACAAGGCAUGAUGUGCAGCUUCAAGAGCGCUUAUGACUGCAUCUCAGUCUUCUCGGAAACCGAUAUGACCAAGGAUUUGAAGAAGAUCGAUAUCCCGGUUUUGAUUCUGCAUGGGGAGUUGGAUCAGAUUGUGCCGAUUAGGGCGUCUGCUUUGGAGGGCAUUAAGCUGUUGCAGAAGGGGACGUUGAAGGUUUACCCCGGUGGGGCGCAUGCGUUGCCGAAUACGGCUGUUGAUGAGGUUAAUGGGGAUUUGCUUGCUUUCUUGAAGUCUUGA